AACGCAUGAGUCCCUUCUUGAGAGUAGCGAUAUUUUCGUUUUAUAUGUACACUAAAAUACGUUUUUACUUAAUAUAAGAAUUAUCAUACUUGUCAACUAUACAAAUAAAAAUGGAAUAUAAUGUAUUUCGGGAUUAUUGCAAAGCAGAAAAUAGCGAAGAUGAAGAAGUAAAUCAUGAUUUGCAAUCCCAAUUGUAUUCAGAAAUCUACUAUGCUUCAAAUGAUAAAGAGAAUGUGGACACAAAAACAAAUGUUAAAUUAGAAACUUCCAGUGCUGAUGAUGAAAAAUUGCAUAAAAAUGCAAAUACAAGUAGAACAUCUGGCUCUAAUGAUAGUUUUAUAAAAAGUAGUUAUAGUAACAAUUGUACGAAAACAGAUUUAACAAAUGAUUUAACAGACACUUCAGCAUUAACUGAAAAAGAUGAUAAACCAGACAUUAAGACUAUUUGUGUCACAAGUACAACAGAAUUAUUGCAUAAGGAUAUAAAUAACAAAGGUAAUUUCAAUGCAUCUUGUGUAAAAAUGUUAGGACACUCUGAAGAAAAUUGUGAGCUUUCAAAGGUUAAUAAACAAUCAACAAUGUGUUACAAUGUGAUGGAGAUGGAAAAUAAAGAUGAAUUGAAAAUUAUGCAUUGUUUAGAUCAUGAAGCAACUGUAAAUGAGUUUUCUCACUUAAAUUCUGUAAAAGUUAGUAUUAAUAGUAAUGAUGGGAAAGUUCAGGAAGUUACAGCUACUGAAAUAAACAUAAAUAACAAUAAUAUCUUCAAAAAAUAUGAAUUUUCCAAGUUAUUUAUCAAUAAGCUAUAUUUAGAAAAGUAUGAAAACUUAGAAAAAAGAUUACAAAAAAUUGGAGAAGAAAAAGAACAAGAAGAAACAAAUGUUGAAGAGGAUGCAGAAAAUUAUCAAAAGCAACAACCAGAUAAACAUAUGCAAUCUCCAAAUGAUAUAAAAGCAAGUACAAAAUACAAUGUUUGUCAUAAACUUGACAAAAUGAAAAAAACAGCUAAUUAUUCAGAUGAAAUAACAGUGUUAUCAUCAGACACAGAGAGUGAUUCUGAAGAAUCUAUUUUAGAAGUACCUAUUCCACCAAAGCCUCAACCACCCGUUAUAAAUUUACAAGAUUCUGAUGAAAGUUUAGAAGCAUUAUGCACUGACAGUGAUGAAGAUCAAGAAUGUUUAUUUCUUAAACAAAAAGAAAAUAUUUUAUCAGGAAAGAGGAAAAAAACUUCCACAGUUGAUCAGGAUUCGGACAAUAGUACAUCAAUUUUAGAUUUUGUUAAUGAUACCUCAAUGACAGAAGAUAUAGUGUUAAAUUGUACAGAAAUACAGAAAAGUGCUUCAAGCAUAAAAGAAAUAUUGGAAUUGAGUAAAACUAUUCAAUCAGAGCAAUCCUCUAAAAUUUUUUAUGACAAAUCAAUUACCAAAAAUAAAGUUCCUAAUAAAAAUCUUAGUAACUCUAAUCAGUUACUCUUAUCUACCAAGAACAAAGAUAAUAUAUCUGAAUUUCAAUUACCAUCAAAAACAUUUAGUGAUAGCAGUGUUACAUAUGAAAGAGAUAAAAGUAAAAAGUCAGUUAAUUUUGCAGAAGAUGUAACAGUAUCAAAUUUUGUUAAUGUUAACGAGUUAACUCCAAAUAGAAAAAGGCACCAUGAUAAUGACAGUGAACCAUGCACCAGUGUAAAACAAAGAAAAGAUACAAGUAAUAUUGAAAGUAAAUGUUCCAAAACAAGCACUGAACAAUAUAAUGUUAAAGAUAAAAAUAAGCAAGAAUCAUGGGAAGAAUAUUUCUUUCGUCCUAUGUCAGCAAACAUUAAAGCUUUUUACAAUGAACCUCGAGGACAAGAGAAUUUUGAUAUUCAGCAUGUACAAAGUAAAAUGUCAAAAGAUCCAAAACUUUGGACUAUCUUACAUGAAGACUUGAUGCCAAAUUUAUUAAAACACAGAUACUGGAAUAUGAAAUGCAGUUAUUGCCAUAAACAAGGCCAUCAAAAACAUAAUUGUCGAGAAUCAUAUAAACCAAUUCGAUGUCAUAUGUGCGGUACCCAAGGACAUACAGAUACACGAUGUCCUCAAAAAAUGUGCCUCACGUGUGGUAAAAAACAGGGAACAUUUAGAAAAACUUGUGAAUCUUGUCGAAUGUUAUAUUGUAAUAUGUGCAAAGCUGUAGGACACAAAUCAACUGAGUGCCCAGAUCUUUGGAGAAGAUUUCACCAAACAACGCAAACGACUGAAAUAAAUAUUCCAGAAAAUUUAUCUGAAGUUAUGAAACCUGCAGAUCUACUAUAUUGCUGCAAUUGUACCAAGCGAGGACAUGAUUCUUCUACAUGUAAUGAAUAUCGGUGGUCGCAACACUUUCCAACGCCAGCGUUUGUAUCAAAUUAUACAGAAGGACCAGAAUAUGAAGCUUCUGUUCAUAAAAAUACUAAUGAAGAUGUAAUACCAUUAUCUAAAUCUAAAAAACAUAAAAAUAUGGUAUUUCUUAAAGACAAUGAUGGUCUUGAAAGUUGUUUUGUUAUAUAUUCUUAUGGAAGUUUUUAUACGAAGAAAUCUAUUGGCGAAGAAAUUAUACGAAAACUUUCAGCUAAAAACGUUCAAUCUUCCGAUAUGAAAAAUGUUUUGAAAGGUUCUAUUUCUCCGUCAUUUUUAGAUGAGUUAACAAAAAUAACUAAAUUUGAAAUUAAAAUUUAUUAUGAUUCGAAUAAGGAUUUAAUGAUUAGAAUUCGAUCCGUGGUGAAUUUUGGUAAAUGUAUUCUUGAUUUCUUUAUUUAUUGGCUUAAACUUAAAGAUGAAGACAAACAAUUAGAUAUGUGUGUAAAUCUUCCACGUAAUACAAAAAAGUUGAUGAAAUCAUUAAAAACAAAACUGGAUGAAAUUGGACAAAAUGUACAAGAUCCAAAGUAUUUGUAUAGUCAAAUAGAACAAUUAAAAACAUCAAGAACUAGUGGUCAAGACCCUAAAACGUUAACUUCUACUUCAAAUAAAAUAUUAGAUCUUCAAAGCAAAUUAAUGAAAGUGUUUCAUACAAAACCUAAAAAUAGUGUUAUAUUAAGGAAAUUUAGAAAAUCUGUCAACUACUUAAACAGACAUCCUUGUGAUGAAAUUGGCAUUGGACACUAUUUGAAUAUUAUUGUUAAUUAUAAUAAAAUAUUUCUACCACGCACUUUAACAGAUUCUGAAUUGCAGCGUUUCUUUAAAGCAUAUUAUAAUGAUAAGAAUAAAAAAAAUAAAAAAAAAGAUAAUGGCGAAAUUAAAAAGCAAAAGAAAAACAAAGGACUUACUGCUUACGAAAUAUUUACACAAAAUUUACGAAAGUUUAAUAAUUCCAGAGCUGCUGGAAAGACACGUAAUAAUAUGGAAUGUAGCGAUACAUCAACAAAUAUUGAAAAACAAGAUAAACAAAUACAUAGUAUUACACCCACAGUUAUUGAAAAUGUAUCCAUAAGUAGUAGUGUUCAAUCCAAUAUGCAAACUGCAACACAUAAUACAGAAAACAUUUCUGUGGAAACAUAUAACGUAGAAAACAGUGUUACUGAAUCUACUAAUAUUUAUCCUAUAGAAUGUACACAAUUGUCACGUAAUCGAAGUGUCUCAAGUAAUAAUGAAGAGGCAAAUACUACAACUAAUUUAAAAAGUAUUUCAUCAAAUUUAAUUUCUAUACCUCUUCAAGAAUUUGUAUCCACUGAUACAUCAUCAACACAGACCAAAAAUGAUCACUUAAAUAGUGUAUCUUGUACUAAAGUAAAACCUUCAGAAGAUAACAUAGAAAAGCAUAUAGAAACAAAAAGCAGUAAUAAUGAAGUAGUAAAAAGUAAUGAACAAGAAAAAAAUAAUGCAGUUGAAUCAGAAGCAAGUGUUGCCAAACGAAAAAAAUCUAAAAAGGCUAAAAAAGCUAAACUAGAUCUUGAAAGCAAUUUAAAGGCUACAGAAAUUCCAGUAACAAAUAUUAUUACACCUGCAGAAAAUAAAGCUAAUGAAAUUAUAAAUGAAGCUCUUGAAUUCAAUUUACCAUAUAUGAAUAAAGCUGUUGAAGAAGUUAGAAAAAGAAUAAAUGAUAAAAACCUUAAACAAGAGCAUGUUGAUACAUUACAAAGAUUAAUAAAUUUGGAGAAAGAUCAUAGAAAAUAUGUAAGUUCAUUUUGUAAUUAUUUACAAUAA